UUGUGGAUUCUGAUAAGGUAAUUCACUGUUUUUGAGCACCGGCGCCGUCGGAAACGGUUCAAUUUGAGCUGUUGAGAAGCUUCUCUGAUCCUGUUUUGGAAAAUGAUGUCUGUGGAGAGAUCAUUUGAAGCAUGGGAAGAGGUGCAAAGACAUGGGCAGGAUUUAGCGGAUAAGCUUGCUCAAGGAGUUACUGGUUUGAUUCAGUCUCAUAUUACUCCUCCGUCGUUUCCAUGGCCUUAUUCUCAAAAUUCCAGGCCUUUUGAUGUAGAGUUGUUAGCUGAAAGUUUUAUUCCGAGAGAUUUUGGUAUAGCUGUGGAUAAAUCUGCUAUUGCAGGGGUUUCAGCAAUUUUUGAUAUGGGGAACAGAAUAGGGCAAGCUUCUAAGCUUUUUGAUGUAGAGUUGCCGGGUCAAAGUUUUAUUCCGAGGGAUUUUGGGAUAGCUGUGGAUAGCUCUGCAAUUCCAGGGGUUUCAUCAAUUUUUGAAAUUGGACACAGGAUAGGGCAGGCUGGAGCAGACUUUGGGGCUUGCUUGAAUGGAAUGGUUCACCAGUUUUUCAGGAAGUUGCCGGUGCCUUUUCGGCAAGAUGAAAAUUUAGGAUUGUCUUUGAUGGCUGGGACAGAUAGCCAAAGAGCUGAUCUGAGUGUUACCCUGCAGGAGGAUUUGGGGUUGUUGGCAGAAAGAUUUAGGGGAUAUGGGUAUGCUGAAAAGGAUUCAGCUGAAGAUAAACCAAGUGAAGAGGAGUUUCUUGGUGUUAAUUUGAAGGCAUUUAAACACUUCGGCAGAUCACAGGGUACAAUCAAUUUUUCGUCAACAUAUGAAAGUAGGACCAGGAAUGUAGAAAGUUCUGUGGCUGCUAGAGGAGAUUUAUGGAGAGUAGAGGCAUCACAGGGUAGUUCCACAUCAGGAAAUGAAAAUUCUUCCCUGUUCCUUGUUCAACUUGGACCAGUACUUUUUGUCCGUGAUUCAACACUACUUCUGCCAGUUCACUUGUCUAAGCAACACCUUCUUUGGUAUGGCUAUGACAGGAAGCGUGGGAUGCAUUCGCUUUGUCCAGCUGUGUGGUCGAAACAUCGAAGGUGGCUUCUUAUGUCGAUGAUCUGUCUUAAUCCUUUGGCCUGUUCGUUUAUGGACUUGCAGUUUCCAAAUGGUCAAAUAACGUACGUAUCUGGGGAGGGAUUGUCCACCAGUGCCUUUUUACCUCUAUGUGGAGGUUUGCUUCAAGCCCAGGGUCAAUACCCGGGGGAUCUCAAGUUCAGUUUCUCUUGCAAGAAUAAAUGGGGAACAUGCAUUACACCGAUGAUGCAUUGGCCCGACAAAUCAUUUAGUUUUGGGGUUACCCAGGCAUUGGCUUGGAAGAGAUCUGGCCUCAUGUAUAGGCCAACCAUUCAAAUAAGUGUAUGCCCGACAGUUGGUGGGAGCAGUCCCGGUUUGCAGGCAGACAUCACACAUUCUCUAAAGGAGGGAUUAAAUAUCAUCUGUGGCUGUGCACUUGCAACACACUCUUCUGCGUUUGCAUCGUUAGCUCUUGGGCGGUCAAAGUGGAAUGGAAAUGUUGGGAGCUCAGGGGUGGUUGUUAAGGUGGAAACCCCUCUUGGCAACACUGGCAGGCCUUCCUUCUCCAUUCAGUUGAACAGUGGCAUCGAGUUUUAAUACACUUAAGAAAUUUCCCCUACCCAAAAACCACAUAGUACUGCAAUCAUCUGUAAAUAGCCUAUGUAUGACAAAGGACUGUCACAUGUAUAGUUCAUCUACUGGUCUCUUUACUGGGGUUAUUUUGCUUUAAUGGUAGAAAGGGGGAAGUUAGCUCUUUAAUCACAA